UCAGCAACGAGGAACUACGAGGCAGAACUCAAGAGGCAGCUUCCCAAGUCCUUCAGUGGGUGAGCUUUGCUGACAGCGACAUUGUGCCCCCAGCCAGCACCUGGGUCUUCCCCACCCUUGGCAUCAUGCAAUAUAACAAGCAGGUAAGAGGCACUCCGGUUUUAUAGGAGAAGAGGUUUCCCAACCAUCUAAAAAAGCUACAAGGGGGCAGGAAUCACUUUGCUUGGGAGAGAUGCCUUAUUGUUCUGACCCAGCUCCCCAAAGACGACAUACUGUCUGACAUUUCCCGCCUUUUCUCCCUUUUCCUCCAGGUGCUGGAGCCCCCCUUCCGCCAGCCGUACGAAAAUGUGACCCGUUGGUUUGUGACCUGCGUCAACCAGCCGCAGUUCAAGGCCGUCCUGGGGGACUUGAAGCUGUGUGAGAAGAUGGCGCAAUUUGACGCCAGGAAGUUUGCAGAGAACCAACCCAAGAAGGAAUCCUCCAAGAAGGAGAAAACGCCAAAGGAGGAGAAGAAAGCGGAGAAGAAAGAAGAGAAGAAGCCAGAGCCAGAGGAGGAAUUAGACGAGUGUGAGCAGGCCUUGGCAGCCGAGCCCAAAUCCAAAGAUCCUUUUGCUCACCUGCCCAAAAG